GCGGGGGGGAGGGGCGGUGGCGGCCGGCUCCGCCGCUGGAGUGGGCGGGGAGAAGGGCCGAGGCGGUGGCUCCGGUUGAGCGGCCGAGGAGGAAGGGCUGAGCGGUGCGGUGCGGUGCAGUGCAGUGCGGUGCGGUGCGGUGCAGUGCAGUGCAGUGCGGGGCCGGUCGGAGGAGCGGCGGCGGCGCCUCUGUGUGUGUCGGCAGGCGGGCGGGCGGCCGGGAUGGAGCACCACCAGCCCGCCAGCCGCUACCAAGUGCUUCACAAUGAGGAUGACCCUCCAGAGUCUUCAGCAGCUGAGCAACCUUCCACUUCUACAGAGCCUACACAGACUCCUCAGACAGCAGCUUUAUCUGAAACAGAUACUUCCCCUCCACCUUACUGUAGCAUAGCUGUAGAAGCAGCUGCAACCUCAGAAACACAGAAUGAAUUUUAUCCUGUACCACCUCCAUACAGCGUAGCUACCUCUCUUCCUACUUAUGAUGAAGCAGAGAAGGCCAAAGCUGCAGCAAUGGCAGCUGCUGCAGCAGAAGUUGCCCAACGAGAAGAAGAGUAUCCACCACGGGAUGAUUUCAGUGAUGCAGAUCAGCUUAGAGUGGGCAAUGAUGGCAUCUUCAUGUUGGCAUUUUUCAUGGCAUUUAUUUUCAACUGGAUUGGAUUUUGUUUAUCCUUCUGUAUAACAAAUACCAUAGCUGGAAGGUAUGGUGCGAUCUGUGGAUUUGGUCUCUCACUGAUCAAAUGGAUUCUCAUUGUACGGUUCUCAGAUUACUUUACUGGAUAUUUCAAUGGACAAUACUGGCUUUGGUGGAUAUUUCUUGUACUUGGACUCCUCCUGUUCUUUCGAGGAUUUGUCAAUUAUCUUAAAGUCAGAAAUAUGUCUGAGAGUAUGGCAGCUGCUCAUAGGACAAGAUUUUUUUUCUUGUACUAAAGAUUGGCCACAGGAUCAAUAUGAAGUUACCAGCAACACAUUAUUGGAAGUCUGAAAAAAACUGAGAGUAUUUACCUAGAAAAGAUGGUUCCUUUUAUUUCAGACAAUGAUAUACAUUUAAACAAAUGGCUAAUGAUAAAUAUGGAAACUCAGUACUUGCGCUAUACUAUAAGAUUCUUGAUCAUGGAAUAAAACUGUUAAGUGAACAUAACUAUAAUGUAGUAUGUUUUUACUAUGUGCCAUUUUGUCAAAACUAUGCAGUAAGUUCAAGUGUUAAAUAACAGAAUUAUACUGCCUUUUAGUAAUCAACCUAAACUGGCAUCUACAUUGCAGCAUUUCCUUUUUACAGCAGUAAUGUAUCUUUCAUUUUCUUAGGAAUACAGUGACCUCUUCAGAAUAAGGAAAUCUGUAGAGUAGAGACUGCAUGAAAACAUAUAUGUACUUAUCUAAAUGUUAGUUUUCAGUAUAAUAAAACAUAAAAAUAUGACUUUAAAUGUAACUGUAGGGACUAACUGGUAUUUGAAAACUGAAGCUUGAAGAGAUUAAUGAGAAUGUAUGAUGAUGCAGUCUGUGAUUCUUUGUUCUCCUGGAGUUAAAAUUCUACUUUAGGACAAGAUGCUAAUGCCUUAUUCAGUAUCAACUGAAGUUAAUGAGUUGUCCCAUUUGACUUUAGUGGCUUCUGAAUUGGUCCCUUAGCUAAAAGCACUUCUCAUCACUGUGCUGUAUGGGCUGACAAGAUUCGUUGAGUCUCUUUAGAGAGCUGGACACCUAAAUAUUAUUUGUUGAAGUGUCUUAAGUAUGAAAUGUAAACAAGAAGUUCAAAUUAAUUUCUACCAAGCUUAAAUGACUUUGUUUUUAUGCAGACAGAUAAGUCCUGACCAAUGACUAUUAAUUUUAUUAAAUAAAUAACAAAUGUUACCUCUAAAAUUGUAAAACAUUCUCAAGUGUUCUUUCAGAAUGUAACUUUGAGAAAAUAAUAAUAAAGCAUUCACUUUCUUCUGCCAUCCUGACAUGGCAGGGCCAGGGGGAGGGGAAGCUGCUUUUUUACUGCUUCUAGUUCUUACCUCAGUUAGCAGUGUUGCUUAUGGCUAAUCACUCUGAACUGAAGUACAAUUCUUUUUUAUCUCCAGACUGCAUCGAACAGACAUUCCUUUCCUAUACCAGUGUGAAAUUUCCAGAUGAUCUGUAACUCUCCAAGUUAAUAGGAUACAAGACUACUAAAAGCAGAAGACAAAUUAGUGAAGAUACAGCUUCAGAAAUGAGGGCCAGGAUGGUUUAUGGUCAAGUGCCAGUUCUGGUCAUUCUAGUAAAUAUUUAUAAUUACUGCCUUUUCUUUCAGCACAUUUGCAUAUGUGCUUUGAGGAUAGUAUUGAAGUAAGAACAAAUCAUCUGUUAGUAUAGUAGAUUAAGUAUAGUCAGACUUGGUUAAUCUGUGUUUGUUAUAUCUGAAAGAUUUAAGUGGUAAUUUGUUUUACAGCACGUAUGUACCACUGACUUACUGAUCUGAAGUUUGAGUAAAAAUGAAUGCAUCAGAUGAUUCAGAUUAACCAGAUCAGACAAUUUUUUAUAUAAUUUAGAUUCAUCUAAUGAUUGUGUAGAACUCUUUUGUUAAGUUUACUAAAACCUGAAGUUCCUUGUUAUCACAAACUUGUAUUCAUCAAUACUUUAUCAAAUUCAAACCAAUAUACUGGUUUGCUUAAAACUGAUAGAUCACUUUGAGUCCCCUGUAAAUAACUCUGCAUAAAUUACUGUUUAAAUUGCUUCUUAGGAAAUGUCAAAAUAUAUUUUGUAACAGCAUAUCCUCUAAAUUAUGUUUAAUCUUCAUAUGAGCUACCUAUAUUUUUUGUUGUUGUUGAUACGUCUAUUAAGGAUAUAGUUACUGUUAGGUAGAAUUUUGGACGUAAAGGCAUUGAAUUGUCUCAUCCUAAGUUUGCUCACAUGAAUUUCUAUUAAUUGAUUUUGGCCUGAGCCUGAAUGUCCUUAUUCAUAUGCCUAAUCCUGUUAAAAGAUGAUAUUUAUUCAUGUUAGCAGGGAUGGGCAGCUGUGUAUCCUUAGUCCAUGAUUAUGCAGUUGGAUCCUUGUAGGUGCACCUUUGUUCCUAAAACAGAGUAUUGCACAUGCAUUUCCUGGUUUAUAACACUGGCUUUAUUUUAGAGUCUUGAGUUCAAUACAAACACAACAUCCCCUUUGGGAGUCUUCUCAAAAAAAGUUCAUACAGGUAUCUUACAAUGUUUGUUUAGAGUAAAUACAUUGUCACUUCAUAAAAAUCAGUUUAAAUUCAAGGUAAUUUUGGAAAUAAUCUAUGAAGGGAAAAAUCAUAUUUUUAAGACUCUGAAAGUGGAAAAAUUGUGUUACACUUCUCCCCGUACUCAUUUAAGUUAUACCAUUACUUUCUUAAAAAUAUCAUCUCUUAAGGGUUACUGUUUUCUGUUCAUGCACAUUGAAUUUCCUUAAAUGUUUGUGAAGUUUAUGCUUCUCCCUAAGUAGGAGAAUACAUCUCUCAAUCCUUUGUACAACUGGAAUCUCAGUUGCAAAAUACAGUAGUUAUGGGUUGCACCUUUGGGAAGAAAAAGAUGCAGAUCCUUUCCUCCAGUUUUUUUUCCUUUUAUAUUAGAAUUCUGCUUUUUUUAUUACUAAUGUUAAAAAUGAUGAGGUUUAUGUUGUUGUUAAGCUAGGGCUGUAUUCAAUUUUUUAUCUAUAAUGUUUAAAAAUGCAUAUAUAAACUGGUCACAUUAUUCAUUUUCUUAAUCUUUCAGAGAUAUUAAAAGUGAUUAUAGACUAACUUAAGGGGCACCUCCACUUCUCAGCUUUUCAUGGGGAAAAAAGUUCAGUAUUAUGUUCGAUAUCUGAUUGGAAUUUCCCUCUAUACUUACCUUUUCUUUUUCUAUGUUCUUUUGCAUUCAUUGUCCUUAUGAAAAAGCAAAUAAUAAAACAUUGCUUUGUUUUGCUAA